AUGGAAUCUGCAACCAAACAAGAUCAACCUCCAAGGAAUGAUGUGAAAGAAAUUCUUCUUUGGAAUGAGAUGUUAGAACCACUCCUUCUGGCCUUGAAGAUCGUCGGAGUCUAUCACGAAACAUCUUUCAAGGGCGCCCUCAAAACCCAGGACCAGACUGAAGGUUCAGAGAGGUUUCCGGAUGCUGAUCCUGAGCCACCGAGGUCGAGGAGUUGGCAGAAUAGCCUUUCUCGGGUAUACCACGCCUUCGUGUGUAUAUACCUGUGGCUGAAUGCGAUCCGGGUGACAUAUGCUAUUGUUCUGAAUGACAGGUAUGGAAUGUUCAAGCAAGAUCAGAUAACAUUGCAAGUGUUCUUUUACAUCGUUUCUCUCUGCAAUACCGUCAUGUUUGCAGUGUGUGCCAAAGAAAAGUGCAUGCCCUACUUCAGGCAUCAUUGGAACUCUUCAGUGACAUCCCUCUACACAAGACGAACACAUUGCUCACUGGAUGAGACGACCCCUAACACGAAAAACGAAAUUUAUGAGAAUCGGCACAAAAAUUCCAAAAGAUACGACAAAUGGGCCAUUUUUGUAACGAUAACAUGUACUUGUGUCACGCUUAUCAACUUUGUUUCACUCGGGUUCUUAACAUUUGGCUUCGGACUAAACCCAUUGAGCUCAAGUGGCAUUUGUGGGCCAUGGCUUUCGGAAUACUUUUGCGGCUUCAACUUGCUAUUCGCAGGCUUUGCAAUUGCUACCUAUAUAUUUCCGAUCGCUCUUUACUCGCUAAUAUGUUACAACAUAUCGUCGCAAUUUGAGAACUUGUCAGAAGAAUUCGACAAGUCUCUCAACUCUCCCCAUCGUAUUGAUAAAAAGACACUGAGUUGUUUUCGGCGAAGACACGCUGUCAUUUGCCACACUGUCGAGGUUGCUGAUGAUGUAUUCUCUCCUCUUAUAGGCGUUAUUUACUCGACGAACAUUCCGCUCAUAAUUUUUUUGUUAUAUCAGCUCUUUUAUCUUGCUGACGGCGGCUUCUACAUUAGUUUGACGUCUUUUUGGAUCCUUUCCUGUUCCACGAAUGUGUCACUUCUGUCUUAUUUCUCAGUGCGAGUUCAUGAAAAGGCACAUUCCUUUCGCAGACGUGUGCACGAACUACAGAUGGACACGUUUGACUCAGAUCUAUUUCAGGUCCAGCUUCUAUUCUUGGCUCGGUUGGACGGACCGGAAAUCGGCAUGACAGCUCUUGGUUGCUUCGUUAUUACCAAGGAACGAGUUUUAGAGGUUGUAAGCACUUUGAUCACUUACUUCACCAUCCUCCUCCAGUUUCAACAAACAACUCCUCCUACUGAUAUCCCCAUGGCAACGACGAACAUGGCAACAAAUAUACCUUAAAGAACCGAUUCAAAAAGUUUUGGGACUCACAAGGACCACGAAGACCAUUGAAAGAUCCAUCAAGAAUCGUGAAAGACCUUGGAGAUCUUUGAAAGUUCGUUGAAAGACCCUUGAAAGAUCAAGCAAGUUUUAUGGUCUUACAGCAGUCUUUCAGCGGUCUUGCUCUCUGUGGAAUGGGGGUUUUAACCAUGUAACACCCUAUUUUGGCGUCCGACCCCCGUAGGGAAUAAAAAGUUAGA